CAUAUUCAAAUGUACACUUGUUGUAUCACACCUGUAACAAAAGGUUGUUUUGUAUUGUUUAAAGAAGCAUAUAGACAUAAUGUGCACACACAUAUUUAUGAUGCUGGUCAAACUAAGUAGCUGUUACUAAUAGUGAGAACAGACUUUGUUGGGGAAGUAGCUUCAGCAUAGUGCAACUCCUUACUCUGUAACCAUUUGUGUUGUGAUACUGGGGAAGUAGAAUUUGAAGAGACGAGUGAAAAUGUGUUGAUAAUGGAUAAUAUUUCUAUUGUAAUUUUUGUGCUGGACAAAUUAAUCUGCUGGUUGUUUUGAUUACUUCUCCACAAGUGUUACUGGACCAACUGAAUUCCCAGCUGUUGUGUUGUCGUAGUCAAAGCUGUUAUUAAUAGAUGGUGUGGAAGGAAACUAGAGUCAGAACAGACUGCACAGUGUAACCUCUUACUCUGAAGCCACCUACUGUAUGUUGUAACACCUGACAGGUAGAAUUUGAAGAUUUGAAAACUGUGAAAAUUUGUUCUCUAAUCAUGGAUAAUGUUUCUCUUGUAAGAAUUUUCACUCUCUCAGGGAUAAAUGAGACCAUGAAUAACAGAAUCGCUAUCUUUUCAAUCACUUUACUUUAUUACUGUGUGAUUUUGUUUUUAAAUAUCUCUCUCAUGAUGAUCAUUAUCAUAGAUGAAAACCUGCAUGAACCUAUGUACAUCUUACUGUGCAGUUUUUGUAUUAAUGGACUUUAUGGGACCACAGGUUUCUACCCCAAAUUCCUCAUAGAUGUAUUGUCUUCUUCUCAAGAAAUCUCAUAUGAAGGAUGCCUUUUACAGGCUUUUAUCGUGCACUCAUUUAUUUGCUGUGAUUUAUCCAUUCUAGCAGUUAUGGCCUACGAUAGAUAUCUGGCUAUAUGUCGACCACUGCACUACCACUCUUUCAUGACUAAUAGGAGGCUUUCUCAGCUGGUAUGUUUCUCCUGGCUAACACCCUUCUGUAUUUUCUCCAUCAAUAUUGUGCUCACGUCAAGACUAAAGUUAUGUGGUACAAAUAUUCGUAGACUGUUUUGUGCAAACUGGAUAAUUGUUAAACUUGCUUGCCCUGAAACAGACACUUCUUCAAACAAUGUAGCUGCAUAUAUUGUAAUUUUCAUGUAUCUCUCUCAUGGCUUUUUCAUAAUUUGGACUUAUAUGCAUCUUAUUAGAACUUGUGUGAGGUCUAAAGAUGACAGGGCAAAGUUUAUGCAGACAUGUGUGCCCCAUUUAACCUCAUUAGUCACUUUCGUAGUUGCAGUACUUUUUGAUUUGAUGUAUAUGCGAUUUGGCUCCACAGAUUUACCUCAAAGCCUUCAAAACUUCAUCGCUAUAGAAUUUCUGCUUAUUCCUCCUGUUAUGAAUCCUCUGAUAUAUGGAUUUAAAAUGACCAAAAUACGAAACCGAAUUCUGGGUUUAGUUUAUGUUGAAAGAAAAUGACCUCUUCCAUUAAGUUUAAUCUUUAAUUCAAUUUAAUGUGACAAAAUCCAGUGUUUUUGAUUAAGGAUAUAUCAUGAUGACCAACAACUUAACAUUUUGUAUUUACUUUGUUAAGCGUAUUUCUGUUAUGCUUCAUGUGACAUGUAUGAAUAAAUUGACGUUUUUAUUUUCCAUUUGGCUCCUGCACGUCAUGCAUUUGAGUUUUGUAAACCAGGAAUUUGUACAGACAUUUCAAUGGUCAAAAGCUUUGUUAAAAAAGACCACAUUCUCCUUCCUCAUUGUAAUGUCCCAGCUCCUCAUUCUGAUAUUUUGUAUAUCAUAUAAAACAGUAUAACACACAUACUUAUACACUUUAGCUAUGUACCUGAAUUAGCCCGACCAGAAGAUUUGUGUUGCAUAACCUGUUCACUUAUAAACUUAACUCUCUGAAAUGGA